GAUAGUUAUCAUACACGCACCAAACAUGGGUCGAAUACAGACAUUUUGGACCAAAAACCGUACGUUGGUAUAUACAGGCAGCGGAAUAAUUCUAGGAUAUUCGUUUGCGAUCGGAAUGAGCUAUCUUCUAUUUUCUAUAGGGCAAGAAAAAGGAAAAGGGCAUAUACAGUCUUUUGAAAUAACUCAACUUAUAAAAGAUUCAAAAGACGAGAUAUUAAAUGUUAUAAGGGACUCGAGGAACUCAACAAGCAAUGAAAAGACUAACGCUGUGAUAAAGCAAGUAACAAUCGCUUUCUAUGCAAUCUCAACCAGAUCUAUCGACCUCGCGCAUAGCCAGACAAUAGUUUUUGAUCAUGUAUACACUAACAUUGGUAAAGGUUAUAAUCCGAAAACAGGAAAAUUCAUUGUGCCUUUUGAUGGAUUGUAUCGUUUCGGAAGUACAGGGAUGUCACAAAGUCAUGAUAUAGUUCAUUUGCAAAUGAACAAAAACGGUAUUGAAGUCGCCCGUAGCACUGCACAACAAAAUUAUAACACUGCUGACAUGGAAGCCAUUUUAGAACUUAAGAAGGGCGAUAUCAUUGAUGUCACACGUAGAACAAACAACAAUAAACAGACAGAACGACUCCAUGGUAACAGAAUGGCGUCAUUUACAGGGUUCCUAAUAACAACAAUGUAGAUUAUGCCAAACGAACAAAAUAUAUUAGAAACAAACAUUAUAGGAUUAUGACUUAUGUAUAGAACAGAGACUUUAUCUGAAAACUUACGUCUCUCAAUGGAUUGUAAAUUUGCAGUGUCUCUGGUCAGUCACUAAGAAUUUGACAAUGUCUGUCUUUCGUCUUUUAAAAUAAUGUGUUAUAAUUCAUAUUGAAUAUCACCACAGGUUUAUAUUCCUUCUGAAUGUAUUUUGUACUACGUUUAUAUAUUGGACUCUUUUUAAUUAGUAUAACUCGCCGAAGAUACCAGGCUUAUGAUUUUCUACGCCAGGCGCGAGUUUCGUCUACAAAAGACUCAUCAGUGACGCUUGAAUCAAAAAACUUAAAAGGCCAAUAAAGAACGAAGUAAGAGCACAGCUAAGGUAAUGUAUUCCUGGGGUAAACAAUCCAUAGUAUUUCGAACAAAUACAUUUUUGAA